GCUUCCAAACUUUGAUCACCUCUCCUGUGACGGGCUUAAAUAUUCUGACCAACAACUAUCUGCCUAUGGCUCUCUCUACACUUGAAAGUUAACAUAUAUUUUUUCACAGCUCCAACCCAUGAAUCUUAUUACUGUGUACAACUUGAUUAUGAGUGUUAACUAAGGAAACCUUAACCUAAAAUUUGCAGCUGACACAGACCAUCCUUUACAUCUUUGCAAACCUUCUCAACCACUUCAUAAAUGAGAUUCCAACAAGCUUUAUAUAUCUCACCCAUGUGGCAACAUAAUCUAAAAACACGAUAAGAUCCUACCUAUCUUUCAUCUUCUUCUUCUUCUUCUUCUUCUUUUGGUAAGCUCACAUCCCCAAAAUCUGAAAAUUCCACCAAAAAUCGCCCAUGACUCUUUAUUUUGCAUCUAUAAACUCAUCCAACUAAAUUAAUUUUCGCUUCUCUCUUGCCACAUAUAUAAGUACGUGUUACAUCCUGAAACUACACAAACAUCACAAGAUUAUCAUGGGUACCCUCUACGAGAAACCCCAUUCUGAUCUUCCCCAAGACCUCAAGAUCAGUAUCCAGGAUAGUUUUCUGCUUUUUCCAUCCCAACAAACUCAGAGAAAGUCCAUCUUCUUAUCAAAUAUAGACCAAGUGCUCAACUUCGACGUCCAGACGCUUCAUUUUUUUCCAUGCCAUAAAGAUUUUCCCCCUCAUGUUGUGGCCGACAAACUAAAAAAUUCUCUUGAAAAAUUACUUGUCACAUAUGAUUUCUUGGCUGGAAGACUCGAGAUGAACCCUGAAACGGGUCGUUUAGAGAUUGAUUGUAAUGGCGGUGGAGCUGGGUUUGCGGUGGCGUCUAGUGAGUGCAGCCUGGACGAGGUUGGAGACUUGGUUUAUCCAAAUCCUGCUUUUGGGAAACUCAUCCUCAAUACUAUGGAUAUCUUGGACAAAGAUGAUCAACCGCUAUGCAUUUUUCAGGUGACAUCGUUUAGUUGUGGAGGCUUUGCAAUCGGCACAUCAACAAACCAUGUCACAUUUGAUGGAAUAAGCUUCAAAACCUUCUUGGAGAACUUGGCCGCCGUAGCUGCCGGCAAACCAUUAGCCAUCAUCCCAUGCAUGGACCGUGAGCUCCUAGCCGCUCGAUCUCCACCACGCGUCACCUUCCCCCACCCAGAGCUGCUCAAACUAAACACUCCCCUAGGCCAAGCAGAACCAAAUGCUCCGGUCUUCGACCUCUCCAAAGAAGAACUAGACUUCAAUAUUUUCAAGCUAACCUCAACUGACAUCUCCCAUCUGAAAGAGAAAGCCAAGAGCACCCAUAAUACCCGCGUUUCAGGCUUCAACGUGGUGACCGCUCACAUUUGGAGGUGCAAGGCGUUGUCAUAUGAAGAAAUAGGGCAAGCUAUGGAGAGGGUGUCGACGAUUCUGUAUGCUGUGAAUAUCAGGCCAAGAUUGGCACCUCCAUUACCAGCUGCAUACGCAGGAAAUGCAGUUUUAACAGCAUAUGCAAGUGCAAAGUGCAAGGAACUUGAAGAAGGACCAAUAUCAAGAUUGGUGGAGAUGGUAGGAGAAGGGGCAAAGAGAAUGAGCGAUGAGUAUGCAAGAUCUGUCAUAGAUUGGGGUGAGAUAAACAGAGGAUUCCCACAUGGGGAGUUUUUGAUAUCAUCAUGGUGGAAGUUAGGGUUUGAAGAAGUGGAGUAUCCAUGGGGUUGCCCAAGGUAUAGCUGCCCGCUGGUGUACCACAGGAAAGACAUUAUCUUGUUGUUUCCAGACAUAGUUGACAAGAAUGGUGUGAAUGUCUUGGUGGCCCUCCCAAGCAAGCAGAUGGAGAAGUUUGAAAUCCUCUUCCGCAAAUUCUUAUCCCUUUAAAAACUAAACUCAGAGAUCUCUUUGUGCUAUGUUGUUUGUGACAUCCUAGUUUCAUAAGAUAAGUUGUCACUAAUAAUAUACAUGCAUGUAUAAUUAAUUAAAAUUAAUAUGCAAGAGCGUAAGAUAAUUUGUCACUAAUAGAUGAAGAUGAAUUAAGAAAAGUAGUGAAAAAUGCCUAACAACACAGAAGGCAGAAUUCAGACAGGGAGUCCAUAGACGGUUCUUGUCAUUUAGUUUGCAUAUGAGAAAAAAUGUAAAAAACACCAAGCUAAGUUAAACCAGCAAGGUAUACGAUAAGAAUGACUAAUCAUGUUCAUAAACUCUCUAGCUGAUUUUAUAGCAAAGUAGGAUAUAAGCAAACAUGAAAAUUUUAUAAUUUUAUAUUUGAAUCAUCUGGUUCUCUAUCAGUUUUUACUA